ACUGCCCAUUAUUUUGUGGUGGUUUUGUCGUACAUUGCCGUAAUGCUCACUGAAGUAAGGAAAACCCAUAAAAAGAUAGUUCCAACACCACAUCCAUGGCGCCGGCGCCCGACCCGCCAGUUCCGACCAGCUUAAAAAAUGUCCUUGUAAAAUUUGUUUUGGAAAUAAUAAAAGAGAACAUCGGUAAUGAUGAGCUGUACGAUUUCGGAAUCAAAUUCUUUACAGAAGCAAAGAAAAAGAGAAAGAAGGCCCGUGAAAGUUGGUGGCUAUACGGCAAGCUAUCGGCCGUGGAGGACCAGAUCGAAUACGACCUGGAUGACGACGAGAGUAUCCCCCUUCACGACAGCCCGUCGUCCGAGGAAGAGCACCCGUUUCCUGAUGUGCAGAAUCCAGGCGCGCUUAAGCAGCGCCGCCAGUCAGUGCGAGCUGAAGUCUACGAUCCAGCCAAAGCGCAGGCAAUUACCGUGCCAAGCUAUCCCAAGACGAACGAGGAAGUCGAACGCCUUAUGCGAAUGGCACCCAAGAUCUUUGUGCUAAGAGCACUGGACCACGAUGCACUGCGCAAAGUUAUUGAUGCUUUGAAAAGGGUCGAUGUCUUCGAAAAACAAGACAUUAUUACACAAGGCGAUGAAGUUGCCAACGAUUUUUACAUCGUGGAUAGAGGUGUCUUCGAAGCAUUCGUUACGAACCAGAGCGGUGGUAAACGGAGAGUACAAGUGUACAACAACGAAGGCGCCUUCGGUGAACUGGCACUGAUGUACAAUCAGCCUCGUGCGGCUACCGUCACCGCGAUGACCGACGGCCGUCUGUGGGCUCUGGAUCGGCAGACGUUUCGUGUACUGGUUUUGAACACGGCAUUCCAAAAACGCGAAGGAUACAUGAAGAUGCUAGCUCAAGUCGAUCUGUUCCAAGAGCUGAAAAACUAUGAGCGUCAGAAAUUAGCGGAUGCUCUAAUGCCGCGGGUGUACAAGAAGGGGCAAAAAAUUAUUAGUCAAGGGGACCAGGCCGAUGGGAUGUACUUCGUCGAAUCCGGUGAAGUUGUUCUGAAAAAAAUGGUCGACGGCGAAACGAAGGAACUGGGAAGGACUGGACCGGGUGGAUACUUUGGCGAGCGCGCUCUGAUUACCAACCAGCCGCGAGCAGCCACUGUGUUUGCGUCAGCCAUGGACUGUCCACUAUAUAGAACUUGCUGCGGUACUCACUACGAAACAAAGUUGGCAUUUUUGGAUAAGGAAGCUUUUGAAAGACUGUUGGGACCUUGCAUUGACAUCAUGAAACGGAACGAGGCUCGUUAUCAGAAGCAAGUAGAUGAUCUAUUCGGACCAGCGCACUCAGUGCACCGAAGCUGACUACUUGGGCCGGUCGUUGUGCAAAUCGCUCUGUCGGCUUAUGCCGCUGCUUGGCUUCUAACGCGCUCGACCGGCCUAGCUCUACAAUCUGGCACUGGUGGACCAACAUCAUAAGUGGGAUCACGGUUCUCCCUGUGCAUUUGAUAAACUGAAUACGAAAAAUCCGAAGAACUGCAUGGAAACUGGACGUAUCCAUGUGCUAUGUUUCCGAAUCGUUCUGAAAAACGUUAUCAAAAAGUUUCUCAGCGUCUGUCUGGGAUGGUGGUGCCGUGCAAGAACUAACUUGGGUGACCUUUUGCUUGUGAUGGCAGUAUAGUUAUUUCAAUUUGUGCUCUCCUGUGACCUGUGGUAUCCAUAUAAUAUUUUGUAUACAUAAUAAUAUUAACACUUGUUGAAUCAUAUCUCUGUAUCAUAAUCAUAUAAUAACGGGUUUCUUCAAUUAUUGACAUAAAGAUCUCUGAAAUCCAAUGUCGUGAAAAAUCUGCAUUAAUAACGCC